AUGCGUUUUGGUCAAACAUUGAAGAAAUCGAUAUAUGCGCCAUGGAAAGGUCAAUAUAUCGAUUAUGCAAAGCUUAAACACCUUUUACGAGAAGACUCAGCAUCUGAGGGGGACGACAGGCCAUGGUCCGCAGAUGACGAAACGAAAUUCUGCGAAGAGAUCCUGAACGUUCAACUCGAAAAGAUAGCAUCUUUCCAAGCUUCUACUUUCAAGGGAUUGGAGGAGCGUGCCAAUGCGAUUGGAGAGAAGCUCAAAGAACUCGCACCAGAAGAUGGAAACUCGAAAGGAGAUGUUUCUACCGCCAAAUUCAAGAAGAUCGAGGAGGAGCUUGAUGCUAUCAUUAACGACACCAAGGAACUGAAGAAAUACAGUAGCAUCAAUUAUACCGCAUUCUUGAAGAUUGUCAAGAAACAUGAUCGCAAGAGGGGUAACAACUAUAAGAUCAGGCCGAUGGUACAAAUGAGCUUGCAGAAGAGGCCUUUCAAUUCGGAACAGGGCUACUCGGCAUUGCUCAAUCAAUUGUCGAUGAUGUACUUUAUUGUUCGCCAACAACUGGACGACAGCUCGGAUCCUACCGCUACUUCGUCCUCUGAUGUUCAAUCGCAAUCACAAACGCCAGAGAAGUAUAUUGCAUAUAAGUUUUGGGUUCACCCUGACAACCUUCUGGAAGUCAAAACCUAUAUUCUUCGUCGACUUCCAGCUGUGGUAUAUAGCGAACCGUCCUCGAAAAGUCCCGAACCCCAAGCCGACCCGACCCUUAACUCCCUCUAUCUCGAUAGUCCAGAAUUCACGUUGUACGACCAAAAGAGAGAGAAGAAGGAAGAUGCUACGUCAUUACGCAUAAGGUGGUACGGUCAACUGAAGGACAAUCCAGAGCUUCACUUCGAAAAGAAGAUUGUGCAUGAAAAUGGUACCAGCGAAGAAAAGAAGCUUUUGAUCAAGGAAAAGUAUAUCGAUUCGUUUAUAAAGGGCGAAUACAAGAUGGAGAAGAGCAUACAAAAGAUGGAACGACAAGGACAGUCAGAAGCAAGAAUCGAGGCGUUUAAGCAAACUGUGAUUGACAUCCAAUCACUUAUCAAAGAGAAUGGCCUCCAACCAAUGCUGCGAGCUAAUUACACGCGGACUGCCUUUCAAAAGCCUUUGGACGAUAAAGUCAGGAUAUCUAUCGAUACUCAAUUGGCAUUCAUUCGGGAAGAUUGUAUAGACGAGGACCGACCUUGCAGAGAUCCCAAGAGCUGGCAUAGAGGCGACAUCGACAGUAGUGACAUGUCGUAUCCAUUCAGUAACAUAAAUCCAGGUGAAAUAUCGAGAUUUGGAUAUGCGGUGUUGGAAAUCAAGGUUAAGGAUGAUGCAACCAAGAAGCAACCUCAAUGGGUCCAGGAUUUGAUGGGUUCACAUCUUGUCUACGCAGCCCCAGGUUUCUCGAAGUUUCUUCAAGGUGCUGUAUCUCUAUUCGAAGAUAAUGUCAACGACUAUCCUUCAUGGCAUGGAAGCUUGACGGGCGAAAUUCUCAAAGAUCCACAAGCGGCAUUUGAAGAAGAUCAAUCGCGGAAAGCAAAACAGGCCGAGAACGAUCUCGUAGUUGGUAGCUUUCUUGGAACUUCUCAUAAAGCAAGCGCAAGUUUCAAACCCGCUGUUAGCUCGCCCUUGGGCAGGUCGUAUAUGCAGGAGAGAAUGUCGGCUGAGGAGAGAGCUGGAAAAAGAUCCCAUCUGGAUGGUCCUGCCGCUUCUGGAGAUGCCGAAAACGAUGAAGAAGAAACCGGGAUUUCUAGUAAUCAAGGUGGAUAUGGCACCUUGUCAUCUAUAUUUCCAUCCUUCUCCCUGUCGCGUUAUGCCCAAUCGCGACGAUCGAGAAGUGUUAAAUUACCUCCAGGCGUCACUAAACCUACCCAAUACAUCAAGGAUUCAGGUCCUCUACAAGUUGAACCCAAGGUUUGGCUGGCCAACGAACGUACAUUUUUGAAGUGGCAACAUAUAUGCAUAUUAUUGGGAUCUCUUGCCGUCAGCUUAUACACAGCUGCAGGGGAGGAUAAUAUCGCUGAAGCUAUGGGGAUUGCAUAUAUUAUCAUUGCUAUCUUUGCAGGAUGUUGGGGCUACUGGAUGCAUUACACGCGGCGACUGAUGAUAGUGGCCAGGAGCGGCAAAGACUUCGAUAAUUUGAUUGGACCCAUGAUUGUCAGCGCUGCUCUCAUGAUCUCCUUGUUCCUCAAUUUCUUCUUCAAGUAUCGACAAGCUAUGGAAAAAUACCGAGAGGGUGGACUGGAGCAAUCGAAUAUGGUGUUGGGUAAUGGAACUAUGGAGAGUUUCAAGAUUGAUCUGUAG